AUGCCCAAGCAUACUAUUCAGGACAAAAUGGACCAACCCAUCCAGGAAGGAGACUAUGCUUUCACCAGGGUGCGCGGCGGUUCUCACCAUGGAAAGGUCCAGAAGAUCGUCACCGAUGAGGAAGAGGCAGAGCAGGAAGAUGUGAAGAACCCUCCCAAGGUCAUCUAUAGUGACCAGCACGGCCAUCAGGUCGCACGUAAUCCCGAAACGCUGGAGAAAACACAGCCAGAGGAGUAA